UUUAAAAAUAACGUUUGGCAUCACUGUGAGUUUCGCAUUUUUCAACAUCGUCUAGAACGCGAACGAGACGAGAGCGGAGAGCCGAGAACGAGAAGUUGUUUUUGAAGAUGGCGAGUUCUUCAAGGUAUGAUACAAACAAAGUGUGUUGUAAUUCCCAUCCAGAUGCCCCACUUAUUGAAGAUUAUCGAGCGGGAGAUCAAAUAUGCUCAGAAUGUGGCUUGGUUGUUGGAGACAGGGUAAUCGAUGUUGGUUCAGAAUGGCGUACGUUCAGUAAUGAAAAGUCGAACGUUGAUCCAUCUCGUGUCGGUGGUCCGGAAAAUCCCCUGUUGAGCGGAUCAGAUUUGACGACAAUGAUUGGACCGGGACGAGGUGAUGUGUCCUUUGAUGACUUUGGAGUAGCUCGUUAUCAGAAUCGUCGUACAAUGAGCAGUUCGGAUCGUGCAUUAAUUAAUGCUUUCAAAGAAAUUAAUUCAAUGGCCGAUCGCAUUAAUCUUCCACGAACUAUUGUAGAUCGUGCAAAUAAUUUAUUUAAGCAAGUUCACGAUGGAAGAAACUUAAAAGGUAGAUCUAAUGAUGCAAUUGCAUCUGCCUGUCUGUAUAUCGCAUGUCGGCAAGAGGGGGUACCUCGUACCUUUAAGGAAAUUUGUGCAGUAAGCAAAAUUAGUAAGAAGGAAAUCGGCAGAUGUUUUAAACUAAUUCUGAAAGCACUCGAAACAUCGGUGGAUCUCAUCACAACUGGCGAUUUUAUGUCUCGAUUCUGUUCGAACCUCGGGCUGCCAAAUAUGGUACAAAGGGCUGCGACUCAUAUUGCACGCAAAGCAGUUGAACUUGAUAUAGUACCUGGCCGUUCUCCAAUAUCAGUAGCUGCUGCAGCAAUUUACAUGGCUUCACAGGCAUCAGAAGAUAAAAGAAGUCAAAAAGAGAUAGGUGAUAUUGCCGGUGUUGCCGAUGUAACCAUAAGGCAAUCCUACAAAUUAAUGUAUCCACACGCUGCAAAUCUCUUCCCUGAAGACUUCAAGUUCGCCACACCUAUUGAUCAACUACCGCAGAUGUGAACUUACCACAACUUUUUUGUAUACUAAAAGAGUAUUAUUUAUCGGGAAUAUGUCUGUAGUGCUCUUUUUUUCUUUAAAGAAGUUCCAAGUAUUACGGUUGGUUUAGAAUUUUUGCUACUUUUCUAGAUGGGUUUAGAUUAUACACAGAACAUUAGAAAAGUCGCAUAUUUUUAUUAUGAAACGAUUAAAUGUUAAGUUAUUAAUAAAUAUUUUUGUAUAUUUUAA